AUGGCUUUUCAGAGCAGCGUUCUUAGAGAUGGCGAGUGGGUGACGCAGACCGUCAACUUUCAAGAUGCUUUGAAAGCUUCUUCCACCAUGGCCAAAGCUGCCGAAAAUCCAAGUCUCAAGGCACCUGAGUGUGGAAUACUCUCUAGGACGGUCAUCGAGAGCCCUGUCGUUCAUUGGAUCCUCCCAGUUUGCCUACGAUCGCUCUCUCACAACGAUAUCGCAUUCAUUGGCGACCGCUUCGUCCAAAUCAGCGAACUCCGCGAUGACGGGCAAGUGCAUGAGGUUAUCCGAAAAGCUGACUUUGGCACACGAAUCCGAAAUGCGAUAGUUCUGGGGGUUCCGCCCAAGAGAGACAUCCCUGGCGCAGCCGCUGCUGCAACCAAGACCGAAGGUGCUGAUGUUCCCAUGAAAGAUGUUGCAGAGGCGAGCGAAGGCAAAGAAGCCGAAGAAGCCAAAGAAGCCGAAGAAGCCAAAGAAGCCAAAGAAGCCAAAGAAGCCAAAGAAGCCAAAGAGGCCAAAGAGGCCAAGGAAGCCAGCGAAGGUAAAGAAGCCAGCGAAGGUAAAGAAGCCAGUGAAGGUAAAGAAGGCGAAGAAGGCAAAAAGGCCAAAGAGACCAAAGAAAAGCGUGUACUACCACCGCAACUACUGGUCAUAAUGCUCGAGACAGGUGACGCCGUUUUCCUCUUCAUUCAGGAACGCUUCGAUGGGACACUGCGCUUUGAAACUACCACGUUUGAGAGCCCCAGGAAUCUACAGUUCUUGGGGUAUCACUUGUCCAUUGACCCCUCGUCGCGAUAUAUGUCUGCUGGAUCCGCUGAAGGUGGAUUCGUCGUCUACGAGCUGAACUCGCUGUCCCACAUGAAAUCUCAAUAUGAGGGCUGCGGAUGCUUGAGGCCUGUCAAGUCUAUCCGAGUUCGGAUAACGCAGGGCGUCAUACACAAAAUGGAGUUCUUACAUCCACGACUCGAAGACGAUUACCAUAUCAUUCUCCUAUUGAUAAUUGUUAGACGUGAAGUGAGUAAGCAGGCUCACGUGUCUCGCAUGGUCGUCUACGACUGGGAGCUCGGCGACGAACUUACCGCUGUAUUUCGGUCAGAGAAAGGCACACCACUGCCAAAAGAACACCGAAUGCCUCUCAUGAUCAUUCCACUCAAAGUCAAUACUGCCUUCUUGGCAGUUUCAGAACACUCGAUUGGCAUAGUAAAGAACGCAUUCACAGGGCAGACGUCGUUCGAUACCUUGGAAACACACUACCCUCAACAGACUAAGUUGCACCAUGGAGCUGCCGAACCGCUCUGGACCACCUGGGCGAGACCUUUUAGGAUCAACAUAUACCUGGAGAAGAUGGAUGUUGUUUAUCUAGCUCGUGAAGAUGGCGUUAUUGCACAUAUUGAGAUCGAUUCCCGAGAUCUAGUUCCAACAGUUAUGACUCUCGGAACCAUCAGCACCAAUAUUACAACCGCUUUCACUACAGCUUAUGAUGUCUUCUCGGAUGUUUUGAUAACUGGUGGCGACUCUGGUCCUGGUGGAAUCUGGAAGGUGCUUAUCCCCCGCAAAGAUCCCCAACAAGUCAGCAUCAUUCCUAAUUGGUCUCCCGUGGUCGAUUUGGUCACGACAGAUACCAAUCCUUCCUGGAGGAGUGAUAGCAGGAGGAAAGAUCUUUCGACGAAACGCAGGGUAUCAUCGAACCCAAGACCGAAGUCGGAUCGCAUCUUCUGCACGUCCGGCCGUGGGCCGCAGUCGAGUUUGACAGAGUUGAGAUGGGGCAUUCAGGCACGGAUCGGCCUUGAGUUCGACCAUGACCAAUAUGUCCGCCAGUCCUGGAUGUUUCCAGUUGAGGCUCAAGGAGAUCGAAGCUUCUAUGGCAUUUUGUCCCUGCCGCAUUCUACUGAUGUCCUUCACUUCCCCGCUGAUCUCAGCAAUGCGAAUGCUCUGUCGCCAGAUGCCUGCCCAUUCGAUACAUCCUCGCGAACAAUCUCGGCAUUUCAGACAGAACAGGCCGUGAUAAUCCAAGUCAGCGAGAUCUACACCGCUUCCCAGCUUGAUGUUUUGCUGGUUGACGAGAUGAAUUUGACGCACUCAACCACCAUUGAUGCCAAAGGAGAGAUAACUUGCAUUGGCCUUUUCAAGACGUCAGUACAGACCUACAUCAUUGCAGGUUCUGUUACGGAAGGGUUACCACUCUUGACUAUAUACUCACUGGCUGGCCUUGAAAUUAGCAGCAACGCCCCUCAGCCACACCUUGUUACUCCUGACAAAGAAGGUCACUCGCAUAUGGAAGCAUAUACAAGUGUGCUAUCCAUUCAUGAUACCGCUGAGAAGACCAUCUUGGUGCUGGGCACGAGGAGCGGUCAUCUUGUGACGAUUCUGAUACCAGGGGAUGAUAUUGCUCAUUACUUACUUUCGAUUGAACAGAUUGGCAUUUCACCAGCCAACGUGUUUCCGGCAUCUAGCCUCUUUGAUGGAAAGCACGCCUUUUUCGCCUGCUGUGACAACAGCCUAUCCAUCAUGACGGACUUUUCACCACAUGGUAGCAGAUUCAAGACCAAGACCCGAAUUUGGGCAACUGACUCGAACGAACCGUCGAUGCCAUCACCCCCCGUUCAUGCAGCCUUUUGCCUCCAAGAUAGCCUUUCUGGAUAUGAACGUCAUAUGUCCCUGAUGUUACUAUCUAAGACACGAGUUCUUCUCGUCGAUAUUUGGCCGCAUGUUGGACCUGUUCCUCGUAGCAUUCUUCUUGGCGGAACCCCGAUGCGCGUCAUCUAUUCUCAGACUUGGAAGGUCUUGGUGGUUGCACACUUGAAGGAUGAUCGUCCAACACUCUCUUUUAUCGAUCCCGAAAGUGGUGCGAAUGUCGCAACAGCAGCUAACAAGGACAAGCAGCCGUGUGAUUAUAUUUCCGGCCUAGGACAUCCGGGCGACAGGAUAUUUGGCCUCUAUGAGUGGACCUAUGUUAAAGAUGGGAAACUCUUUCCGUUCAUCAUCGUGACCACUCAACAUGGCCGACUGAUGAUCGUGUCUGUGACAGCGGUCAAACCAGAGAGCGACGAUUGCCCAACAAGAAAACUACAGUUCUGGACACGAUAUAAGAAGAAGGGCUUCGCCGAGCCUAUUUACACAGUCGCUGGAGAUGAUGUGGGUCUUCUAUUCUGUGUUGGAAAGGUUCUUCACUGGGAAGUCCUGGACCUCGCGGAGAAGAAACUCAAACCUAUGAAGCAGUUCAGGCUGGAUUCUCCAGCCACAACCCUGCGCGUGGAAGGCACAAAAGUCUGCGUCUUGACUGCCCAACACUCACUUCAGGUCAUUGACCUGAACGUGGAGUCGGAAAACAGCGACCCUUCUAUUAUCCAUAGUGACCGAGUGACUCGUUUUACGGGACAUGUGAUAGAGAUGGGAGACUCCGAAGAAGAGCCAGGCAAGUGGCCAGUGAAUGUUAUAUCCACGGCACAAGCAGGGUUUGCCGGAGUUUGGAUCCCAUGGAGUCAGCGCCAUAAAGAGUUCGAGGUUGUCGUCACAGGACUUUUGCCCACAUCUAUCAGGAGAUUCCGCAAGGGGCACACUCGACCUUUCUGGUCGGCUGUUGACCACCAAAGACGAUACAAUACUUUAUUUAGCACAGCGGACCAGGCAGACAUACUUGGAGUGUCUAUUGAUGGUUCACUACACCAAUUUUCAUUAAUAGGUCUGGAUCUCUGGCGGUUCCUCAGGUUGAUACAGAACUUGGCAUACCAGAACGAGGAGACUUGCCCCUUUGUCCGGAACAGUUACUCGUCGGGGAACAGCGAUCCGGGCUUGGAUCUGGAUCCAGAGCUCGAACCCCAGCGUGCCCGGGAGAUGAUGCAUGUUGAUGGUGACUUAUUGCAACGUUGCCUUGAUAUGAGUGCACUGGAAAAGCUGGUAUUGAUUGGGGAUGGCAUUGACUUGUUUUGCGAGUAUUUGGACGGGAUUGACGAUGGAAUACACACCGAAGGUUUCCGGGAGACUGGCUCUAGAGGACGAAAGAAGUACAUUGAGCUGGGCUAUGAGAUUCUCGAGUAUGUUCUUACUCUAGCAAUCUGA